AUGGCUUUCGAUUCUGGCGUGUGCCCGCAUCAAGGAAUGCUCUACAACUCUACUCGUCCUGGGAGACGAGGUAGGAAGUACCCCAUUCUGAGGUGCAAUAAGUGCUGGAAAUACUGGAGCGCCCGAAACGGUCCGAUAGCCGACAGAGGGCAAUUGAGGAACGUGGAUGAUGGAUGUUGGCUCUCGUUCCGGGAUAGAAAUGGUCAUCCUUGUUCCAUAAAGACGAUCCUUCUCAUUGUCUUUUGCUGGGCAAAGGACCUCACCAUCUCCCAAACCCAUUCCUUUCUUACAUCCCUCUUGUCACCAACAAAGGAUGAAACCUUGGUCGAUUGGAGGAAUUUUAUCAGUGAGGUCCUCCUAAGAGCCUUUCAUGCUGCUGCACUGAUGGGCGGUCCUGGUGAGGUCGUACAGAUAGACGAGAGCUGCUUCCGGAUCAACACUCCUCGCAAGCAGGGAGGUCUGGGAGAAAUGAAGAUUCCAUUGUUGGCUGAUAAAAAUACUGCCAUCUCUCGAGAAUACGGAGUCUUAAAGGAAGAUGCAGGUCUGACCUACCGUGGUCUUUUCAUCGUUGAUGAUAAGGGGAUCUUGCGUCAGAUCACCAUCAAUGACCUACCUGUUGGCAGAGAUGUGGAUGAGACUAUUCGUCUUGUCCAGGCUUUCCAGUUCACUGACAAGCACGGAGAAGUGUGCCCUGCCAAUUGGAAGCCCGGGGAUAAGACCAUGAAGCCUGAUCCAAAGGGAAGCAAGGAAUACUUUGAGAAGGUGUCUGUCCGAAUCCUCACCUUCAUCUUAAAUGGCCUAGUCAUACGGUAUAUAUCGAAGGAGGCCCUGGGAGUGGCCAAUGUCAGACUGGCUCUGUUCUACACUACGGUUCUUUUCCUGAGCCAUGAGGCCUUUCGUAAAGCAUGUCUCAGCUCUCAGACCUCUGGGAAGUGGCAGCAAGUCAUCAAUAUUCUCUGGCUCAGUGUUCCAUUGUCAGUGGUAUGCUCCAUAAUCAUUGGAUGGGUAUGGAUCCAUCUCCUGGAAGCCCCAGGGCCAGAAAUCACCACAGAUUAUGGACUGUGUGUCAUCUUGAUUGCUGUCUCCACUGUGAUAGAGAAAUUAUCAGAGCCUCUUUAUGUCACCAGCCAGGCCUUCCAUUUUGUACGACUUCGGGAGAAAUUUAAUGAAGCACAGCAAGUUCUCCAGGCACUGGUGAAGUUGAUGUUGAUUUUCGGUCUAACAGUGGUCUGCUUUGGACAGGCUUAUUCCCAUCUCUUUCUCCAUCUAUAUGGAGGAACAACACUUAGUUCUGGGAUUGGUCCUACUCUUUUGCAAGCUCAUUGCCUCUAUGUCCUCUUUCUGGCCCUUAAUGGAAUCACAGAGGCCUUUGCCUUUGCUACUAUGACAAGAAAGGAAAUUGAUUUGUACAAUCUGAAGUUAGCCUGGUUUUCUCUACUCUUCAUCAUCUUGUCUUGGCUUUUCACACAUUUUCUUGGGCCUGUUGGAUUCAUCCUCGCUAACUGUGCCAACAUGGUGGCAAGGAUCUUGCACAGAAGGCUGUGGAUUGCUAAUGCUUGCGUGAAGUGCCUUAUUGAUGCAUGUGUAACAUGGUCCAAGAACCUUGUUGCCUGCUACAAUACAAUGGCAAGCAGUCUUGCCUUGGAGGAAGAACUAGGCCAUCAUGCUGGCCUUACUAAAGGAACUGCCAUUCUCAUUCUCAGCCAGGCUAAUUAUCGACGAGAAGACAGACCAAAUGGACAUCCUUCUCUUUUUGACUUGGUCCUGAUGUUGGAGGAUGGAGUUUUGUCUUGGAGCGCUGGCACCAAAGCACAGUCUGAGACCAGACUGAAUAUGAUAGGAGAAGAUAGGAUACCUGGGGAGCAGAGAAAAGCUUCAACUCUGCCAAGACAUCCCUUCUCAUUAGCCAAGUUCCAAAAAAGGAAAGAGAAGGACAAACAUGAAAGCCCAAGGACAGUUCAAAAUGGACUGGAAGCAUCAUCCCCAAGUGAGAGUGAUUCUUCUCCUGCAAAGAAACGGAGCAAGUCUUUUCUUACACAUCGCCCAUCCCUCAGGAAAGUUGGCAAUUUCUUCAGCCAGAUGGUGAAGCAUGUGUCAUCAAUCAGCCUCAGUCACAGCUCAAAUGGCAGUGCCCAAUUCACCAAUGGUGUUCAUAAUCAAACGGACCCUGGAAUCUGUGAGGUAGAGGAACGCCUAGGAUCAUGGGAACUCUAUGCCCUGUCAAAGGAAGAGAAACAGCAACACUGGUUUGGUGAUAAAGUUCCAGGGGUUGCUGGACUCCGUAAUCAUGGGAACACGUGUUUCAUCAAUGCUGUGCUUCAGUGUCUGGUGCAUACUGAUCCCCUUGCUGAAUACAUGUCCAGAGACUGUUACAAGACUGACCUGGUGAAGCGAAAUAAGUUCAACUCCAAGAAGUAUGGAACUCAGGGAGAAGUCACAGAAGAAUUGGCCAAACUCAUUGGUUCUAUCUGGACAUGUCAGUAUUCUCCAGAUAUGACAACUGAUUUCAAGUCAGUCAUUGACAAGCAUGGCAGCCAAUAUAGAGGUUCAUCCCAACAUGAUGCUCAAGAGUUUCUCCUUUGGCUACUCGACAAGGUCCAUGAAGAUCUCAAUACUGCUCGAAAGAAGAAAUAUAAAAGGACAAGGAGUACAGUUGGUCGUCCAGAUGAAGAUGUAGCUGCUGAAGCAUUGGCCAAUCAUCUUCGCUGUCACAACAGCUACAUCCAAGCGUUGUUUCAAGCACAGUUUCGCUCCUCUCUCACUUGCCCCCAUUGCAAGAGUCAGAGUAACACAUUUGAUCCAUUCCUGUGCCUGUCCAUCCCCAUUCCCCAACGCCAGAUGAGGCCUGUCCUUGCUACUGUCAUUUAUUUCAGCCAGCAACCCAGAGAGGUGAAAUUGGGAUUCAAUGUGAGUGCUAAUGCAUCCAUCAAGGAGCUAAGAGAAAUCAUUGCUGCUGAUACUGGUCUUGAUGAAUCACAUCUUAUCCUCACUGAAAUCGAUGGAGAAGGAUUUCAUCGGACAUUCUCAGGUCCAGAACUUUGUCUGAUUCAGAAAGCCACUGUUUUUCCUGGAGAAGAGUUUCCUGAUAAACUUUCUUUUGUAAUGGCAGAUUCCCAGCCAUUGAGUGUUCUAGGAGAGGAUGCAACCCAUGCCCUGUAUGUUCUGGAAAUGCCACCAACCAAGGAACCAACUGAGACUGAUGGAGCUUUCAUACUCUUGGCUUGGAUCAAUCUCCUUUAUUCAGCAGACUGCUGUACAAGGUUUGGUGCCCCCUAUAUAAUGCAGGUAAGUCGAGAGACUUCAUAUGAAGAUCUUCAGAAGCUGUUGCUCAAAGAAAUGCAACAAGUGGUGAAACCUAGUGUCCUUACAACUCAACAAAAGGUUCCCUUGUUUGGCAUUAAAGUUGUGAGUGGAGACAAAGAACUACCAGAACUUUCUAAAGACAUGGACCAUCCUCUUUAUGCAGAAAGUAUUGAGCAUGGGCUGAGCCUCUGUGAUGAUUGCUCUGGUCCAGCUCAUGUGAAACUUGUUCUUGCCUGGCUGCCUGAAGACAAGGAAGGAGUGAUAGUGGUGGACAGUGAACUGCUAGAGGAGCAUGAAAGUGUGAAACAACUUGAAAACAGCCCUCAAAUACAGCCAGUUGUCACACUUGAAGAGUGUUUCCAGCUGUAUACAUCUGAGGAGCGGCUAGGAGCAGAAAAUGCUUGGCUUUGCCCUUCUUGCAAUCGGAAACAGGAAGUUGUGAAGUCCCUUGCCCUUUGGAGCCUCCCACAAAUUCUUGUGAUUCACCUCAAGCGCUUCCGACAGUUCUCAAAUCAGCGGACAACGAGCAAGCUAACGACAAUGGUAGAUUUCCCUUUGACUUCUUUUGACCUGUCCUCUCACUUGGUGCCAAGGAAGAAAUCUGAAAAUCAGGCAAAUGGACCAAAUGGAAUGUUCACAAUGCCACCCUUGAAUGGGCUGACAAUCAACCACCAUCACCAGUCUUCAUGGGCCACAUUGAAGUGGGUUGGGAAGAAGUCAGCCACCUUGCCUGCUUAUGGUCGCCUUGGUUCAUCACAUGAGGACCAUCUCUAUGACCUUUAUGCAGUGGUCAAUCAUCAUGGUUCUGACCUCCAAGGGGGACAUUACACUGCCUAUUGCAAGAACUCCAUGGAUGGGAAGUGGUAUGAAUUUGAUGACACCCAGGUUGAGUCCCUGUCAGAAGGAGCCCUAGUUACUCAGGAUGCAUAUUUGCUCUUCUAUCAGCGAAGAUCUCAUGCCUCAAGCAGCUCUGAAUCUGGAUUCUGCCACUGGACAGAACAUGUGACGGACAUACAGGACAACGGACGCAUUUUACGUGACACAGAGAGGAAGGGGGUGCCUGCUUGGCAAGAGCACCACAUCCGUAUACUCCCCAUGAAAGCAGGUGGGCCACCUGUCAGCGGAGGAAGAGCCCGCCGUCACACGGACGCAAUCCCUCGCCUCCCGGGUUUCACUCGGAAGCCAGAACCACUCAGCCACCGAACCCCAGUGGGGGUAUCCAUAUUAUUAUGGCAGGGCUCUGUACAAGGCUUGUCAUUGCAUGCCAGGUUGGGACUCAGUUCCUGGGACAUUUCCACGAUCCUCACGUGCCUAUGCCAGCCUCAUCCCUUUGCCACGUUCUCGCAAGACAGAGAAGCAAAUUGCCCAGAAAAAAGCCUCAACUUCACCUUCAUCAUCAAAUACACCCUCGACACCCACUCCUUUGCAAGCUAUUGUAGUACUAUUCACUGGAUGAUGGAGCAAGCUCCUGGGAUCCUGAAUUAUCCAACUGCUGCUACAUGGAAGCAUGCACCAGCUGUACUCUUAGAAGUGGAGAUGGCUCCUGUCAAAUUACCAGAAAGCCUUCAAGAUGUAUGCCAAAAGCAGGUGGCAGCCUCACUUGUGCAUGCCUGCAGGAACCACAUCAAUGUAGCUGAUGAACUUCGGGCAGAGAAAAGCAGUGCUGCUUUGGCCAUGUUUGUCCAUAAAGUUCCAUCAAGGUUCAUUGAAGAGCUCCUUUCCACUACGCUACACAUGUUGACCAGCAGAUGUGAGAUAAAUGAUUGUGGCUGUCUUAAGACAGCUGAUUGUGGGCUUCAUCAGACAGUGGAAUUGUUGCUGUCUCGCGAUGAUCUGUCACUGAUAAACAUUGCUAACCUCAUGAAUCACAGUGCUGUGUUACGGAAGAACAUCCCUGAUAUCAUCUAUAAGUGCAUUCCUCAUUGUCGUUCCCUCACGCAUCUCAACAUUUCCUUUCGUCAUAUUCAAACUCAUCUUCCAGAUUUGGACUUGGAAUUCCUCCUCUUGUCCAUUGCCCAGCAUUGCCCUGACCUAGAGUUUCUGGAUGUCUCUUUCAUCAAGAGCAUUGAUGGCAAGGCAUUGCGAAACUUGUACAAAUCCACUCAUGUAGGAUGCUACAAACUUGAGACAUUAAUAAUUUCUGACUGCCAUCUCUUUCCAAGUGAUGUUACUGAUGCCUUGCUGCACCUUCCAAAGCUUUGCUAUGUUGGAUACAUGGGGCUUGGAGCAGCUUUGAAGAUCCUUCAUGUCUUGAAUCCAAAUGUCCACCUAAACAUUACCCAUGUUAAUGCCUUGAAUUUCUUCCUCCAUCACAUGAACCAAGCCUAUGAGUCAGAGGUUUUGGAUGACGUCCUCAUUGAACAUUGGCAUGGUCAUUCCAAGAAAGUGUAUUUGCUUGCCACCAUGAAUUUCCUGAAAUUUACAGAGUUUGAACUCAAGAGGUUCAUCCCUGCGAGAGACCAUGGUGAAUCAGGUAUUCAGCAAACAAAGAAUGUUCAGCAAGACUUGGGAGAUGAGGCCAAGCAAUUCUAUGAAGCAGUGAUUAAUGAGCAAAGUACCCAAGAAGCACAAUCAGUCCACAAACCCACAUGUACUCUUCAUGGUGAAGAAAAAAUCCCUUCAGGGCAGAAAAGGAAAUUGACAUCAAUUCUGACCCUGACUCCAUUUCAGCAACAGAGAAUGUUGUAUCGGCUGUUAAAAAGUGUGGAAGACAAUGAUGAACAAGGGACAAGUGAGCUGCUUGACAGAGGUGUGGAAGUGAACAGUGUUGAUGUGUAUGGUUGGACUCCUUUGAUGUUGGCAGCUUUUCAUGGACAUCAUGAGCUCACCAAAUGUCUGGUGAAGCGAGGAGCCAACAUUUCUUUGAGAAAUAAGAAUGGACUAUCUGCAUUUGACCUUGCCCUUCAUCAAGGCCACUUGGGUCUUGUGGACUACCUCAUUACCCAAAAUAAACGAAAAAUGGAUCAACCAGAUGUGUCAGCUGAAAUUCCUGCAAAUGAGCCUGAGCCUGUUCUAUGCAAAGAGUGCAAUGUCUUAGUUCCUGUGAAAGAAAGGAGGAAACAUUUAACAUCAAUGGUGCAUCUGUUAAAUACCAAGAUGACUACACAUUCAAGCACAUAUGGAAUCCCUGAGUCAAACAAGGGAUUUCAAAUGCUACUGAGGAGUGGGUGGGACAAAAAGAGAGGAUUGGGUCCUUCAGGUGAAGUAGAUGCAGCUCAAUUAAGGAAUCACAUCAAAAUGCUUGAAUGGCAAGCAGAAGAGAUUCUCACUGAUAAACAAGCAAUUGUCAGCCUUGAUCAGAGAAGGAACAAGAAUCGGGAAGCUCUUAGAGCCUUGCAUGGUGUAGAUGAUACAAAAAGGAGCUAUGUGUGUUUUGGGAACAUGUUCAUCAAGUUACCCAACAAGGAUACUGUAGCUAUUCUCAAAAGAGAUCAACAGAAGUUGGAUGAGGAAAUUGAGCAACUGAGGAAUAAUUUGAAACCAAAAGUGAAUGUCCUUCGAGAUUUGGAGGGGAAGUCAGAGCUGGCAGUAGUACUUGAUGUGGGUAUCACUAUCAAGGAAUUCCCGCUCUCCAUUGAUGGAGUAGUGGCCAGUUAUGCUUGGCUCAAGGAAUCUUGGGAAUUUGUGAUCAUAAUCUUGAACACUCACUUUGAAGCUGGUCAUGGCUUCUUAUUGAAGAAUACAAGAAGCAUGGCUGAAGAAAGAGCAGAGAAGCGUCUUUUUGUGGGGAACUUGUUCCCUGAUGUAAAGGAGGAUGAGCUAAGACAACAAUUUGUGAAGUUUGGAGAUGUGAAUGCAGUUGAAGUGAGACAUAAGAAAGAUGUGGAAGGAAAUGUUGUCAACACAUUUGCCUACAUCAAUGUGUAUAAUAACUCAGUGUGGAAAGGGUAUCAGAUCCGACUUCAGCUGGCUAAGGAGGGAUUUCUUCAAAGACUUGCUAAAGAGAGGGAGGAAGUCACAAGUCAACUACAGAAGGAGAAGAAAACAAGAACCAAGUCCAUGGAUACCAAAGGGGAGCAUUCCCAGUCACAAGACCAAACCUGUCAAAUUGAAAAAUUAGAGAACCAUCUUUCCAAGAAGCUGUCUUUACAUCCUGCAAAACGAGUGAAGUUGUCAAAGUGUGAACACAAAGAAGAGCAAACUGAAUUGGAUAGUGAUAUCUCAGAUCAUGAUGGCAUGCCUGACUUCCCAGGAACAAAAAACCUCACAGGAGAAGUUGCUGAUGCCCUUAAAGACAUCUUUUCUGCCUCAGCUGAGAAAAUUGUAUCAAGAACAUGUAGACAUUCAAAGGAGUAUAAGCAGCAGACUGAAAUCUUUAAAAAAGAAAUGAAGCAGGAUGAUUCUGUUAAAGAUGUCCUCAAACGAUUGGAAGGAUUCAGCUGUGUUUGGAGGGAUGCAGAUGAAUCACAUAAGAGAAGUGCUAUGAGGUGUGGGAGUGAAGAGGUAACAGGGAAUCAGGGAGAAAUGGAAAGAAGAAAGAAGCAGGAGUCAAAUCAGAAGCGACUACAGUCCAUCAAAGAGAUGCAGAAAAUGGCAAAGGAGAAGCAGAAAGCCAUCAAAGAGUCAUUAAAGGAGGAAGGGAAAAGAAAGAAUAAAAAGAUAGUGUUUGACUCUAAUUUGGAAGAGGAGGGAACUAUACCUCUUAUUCUCCCUAAGAAAGGGAGCAAGAAAACCCUUUUUGAUGAGGAUGAUGACAAAGACAUUGAGGAGGCUGAUCAAUUCCAGAUUCGACCACAGAUAUAUGCUGUUUCCUGUUGGCAGUUCCUGGAGCUGCAGAGCCGUUAUGGGACAGAUGAGCGAUUUCGCUUAGAUGCCCGCUUUGCAGAAGGUGCAGGUGCUGAUGGCAAACAGGAGGAGGAAGGGGUGAAUGAAGAGAAGGAAAGAGAAAGAGAGAAGCAAAUCAGAAUUCUCAGCCAAGUCUUGGGCAAGGAGAUUAGGCUAAAGAAAUCAACUCCCAGGAAGCCUCAGAUGACACGCUUUGAUCCAGCAUUCCAGCCUGAAAUUAAAUGCAAAAAUGAGAAUGAGACAAGGAAUAAGAAGAAAGAAAAGACAAAGUUAGAAGAUGAAGGUGAUGAAUCACUGAAGAUAAUCCCAGAGGUUUCUAAGGAAACAGCAUAUGCAGUUUCAGAAGACCUGACCCAGAGGUUUAGGGGAGACGGGAAGAGAGAAUUCCUUAUUUCAGCUCUGUUCAGUCAAGAUGGGAACUUCCAAGAUGCAGAGGAAGAGAAGAAAAAAGCAGUUAAAGUCACAAAGAAGCUCACCCAAAUUAAGGGUCAAUCUGUGAAUCCCUUCAGAUAUGAUUCAUCUGACACAGAUGAAGGGGAUGAAGAAGUGGUUGAACAGAGAGUGAAUGAGUCUUUGGCAACCAAUACUGCUUUCAUACUGGGAUCUGGUUCUGGGUCCAGAUGGUUUUUCACACCUGAUGAUCCUCGCUUCCAAGCUGCUCAUAAGUUCCUGCAGAAGCCUGAUCAGCCAGAGCAGGAAAUUAGGGCUGAAUGGCGAGCCAAACGACCUGCCCUUUUGACUCGACUCAAGAAACGUACUAGGGAUGCUGUGCGACGGAAAAGGCAGCAUCUGUCAUCCACUGUGACUGAGAGCAUGUAUAGAGACCGGUCUUACCUCUAUCUGAGAGCCUUUGAAGAUGUGCCCAUUGACGCGACUCAAUUGUGA